GCUGUCAUUGGCAACGGGUUUUAUGAUUCUAAUUCACAUCUUCCAUAUCAUUCAAGUAAUCCGUUCACCUAAUUAAUUGUAACUUGAAGUCAGCAAGUACUGGAACGGAAACCCUUGACUUUAGUGAAACCGUGGCAACGGGUGAUAUGUCUAGUUGAGAGCUGUAUAUGUGACGUGACCUGAGGCUCAGUAGUACCACACGUCACAAUGCAGUUAUAUUGGUGUAUAACUUACCUCCUAGCCCCUUUCAUUCCAACUUGUGUAAUUGUCCGGAUAAGUAAAGUAGCCUAAUGUAGAUGUUAUACACCACUGUGCCAAAUGGAUGAGGUAACCGAUGAGGAGUCUGAUGAUGACUCUUACAAUUUGAGGAAACCUAAAGGAACGAAACUGACUGUUGCUGAGGGUGAUUCGGCAUGCUACAAUAGGGCACAUUUGGGAGAGACGCUAUACCAGGAGUCUCCCGGAUUUGAGCUAUCCGAUCCAAAUAUGCACCUGAUUGAUGGCACCUACAACUGCCUCCAUGAUGUCCAUUUAAGGACAUUUUUCAAAAAGCCAGAAAGAAAAAAAAAGCUUCUACAGAAUGGCUUAAUUACUACUGAUGAGAAGGUGCUGUGUACACCUAAAGAAUACAAUAAAUACACCAGGUACACCAAAACAGUUCAGCUCUCUUGGGAGAAGCUGUAUUAUGAGCAGCAGAAAAAGCUGCUGAAAGACUUUCUGACCUUGAAAGAGAAGGGUGGCAUUCCCUGUAAUAUCCACUUGUCAGAUAUGAGAGACUGGCUUGUCCACAGCGGUGCAGACAUGUGCAACAAGAUGUUCCAGAAACCGUCAGGGAACAGACGGGAUCUGCACCUUGCUAAAUUGACAUGGGAAGUGAAUCGGCGGCUCAAGCUGGAGGAGAUAGAGAGAGAGGUGUGCCGGGAACUACGUCUGGAGCGUUCCUCCAAGAUACCAAUCUCCCACAGAAGCGAGAUUAUGAAAACUGUGGAGUGGGUCCCACCUCCAGACUCUUAUGGACCAGGUCCACGUGACCUCACUUCCCCAUCAGGAGCAUCAAGUGACGGUUUCUACACAUCUUCUAUGACUUUUGACUCUUUUGACUCAUUGUUCAUGGAGACCCCAGAGGAACAACAUGUGAUGGUGAGCUGUACAAAGAACAAAAUGUCUGUUUAUCCUCCUUAUUCUGCAGUGGCUAUGCACAUGAUUUGUAUGGUUCAUUAUGAUUCUAUUGAAGAUUACAAACAAAAUGCAGAUUAUCUUUGAUGUCAAUGGUCAGUGCUAUACUCCUUCAUAUACAGUAUAUAUAUAUUUUUGGUUUUUUUGUGUUAAGCUUUCUUCG